AUGACCGGCGAUGCUGUGGCCCCUGCUCCCAAAAAGCUGGUGGUCGGCUUGACUGGCGGAAUAGGCUGCGGCAAAUCCACCGUCUUGAGCCUCGGAGAUGUAAGAUGUCCAGAGGAAACGGUUUCCACGAUGAAACACUUGGGCAGCCUUGGCUGCUCGUGUAGCGACGACGAUGCGAUCGUCCACGCUCUUUAUGCUCCGGGCGGCGCGGCUGUGGCGCCGCUGCUGGAGCGAUUUCCGGCAGCCGCUGCAGAGGGAGGUGGCAUAUCGCGCGAGGCUUUGAGCGAAGCCCUGCGGUCCUCACCGGAUCCGGCUGCAAGCUUGAAAGAGCUCGAGGCUAUCGUCCACCCUCUGGUCUUCCAACAGCGCCAGCUCUUCAUCGAGAGCGCGAGAUCCUGGCUCGUAGUCGUGGACUCGCCGCUUCUCUUGGAGACGAUGCGGGCGCGCGGCUGGCGGAAGGAAGAUCUGGGCCUGGAUGCCAUCAUCGUGGUGACUUGCGCGCCCCAAGCCCAGCGCCGGCGCUGCCUGGCGCGGCCGGGGAUGACGGAAGGGAAGCUGGACUUCCUGCUGUCGCAGCAGCUGGCACCUGCCGAGCGGCAGGCUUAUGCUGACUUCCUCGUGGACAGCAGCCCAGGGGAGCUUGGGCUGCAGGCUUCCCUGUCUGCCGCCCGCGCGCAGGCAGCAGGCGUGGUGCAGCAGCUUCUGGACCGCCAUGGUGGACCAUGGCCGAUCGCAUCAGCCAGAUUGCCGAGACCUUCGGAGAGAAUCGAGUGUGUUACCUUCGACUUGGACGACACGCUUUUCCCGACGAAGGCCUCCCUACGCCAGGCUCUGACCGCCUUCCGUGCCGAAGUCGCGCGCCGCAUGCCGAGACUUUGGCAACACUACAAGCAGGGCGCGAGCUUUGGAGAAGCCAUGCAGGACGAGUUCCGGGCUGUGGCUGGCGAGCACCCCCGCCUCCGCCACGACUUCUCCCAGCUGCGGCAGUUGGCGCUGGAGCGCCUCGUCGAGCGCUUUGGCGAGGCCGAGGUAGACCCAAAAGAGAUUGCGGAGCACGCCAUGGCCGCCUUCCUGGCCGGUCGUGGGGCGGUGGACCAGCACCUCUUUGAUGACGUUUUGCCCACGCUCACGGAGCUGAAGCGCCGCGGCCUCUGCCUGGGCUCCGUCACAAACGGCAAUGCGGACUUGUCCGCUCACGCGCCUGGGCUGUCGCAGCUCCUGGACUUCCAGAUCUCAGCGGCCGGUGCCGGGGCGGCGAAGCCCCGCGGUGCACCCUUCCUGGCAGCCGCCAACGCUGCUGGACUUUGGCCCUGCCAGAUUCUUCACGUCGGCGAUUCGCUCGCGGACGACGUAGUGGGGGCGAGGCAGAUGGGAAUGAAGGCCGUGCACUUGCGCCGCGGUGGGACCCAGCUCUCUGCGCAGGCAACUGCUGCCGCGCCCUCCGCGCCCUCCGCGCCCCAUGCCGCCGUGGCCUCACUGGCUGAGCUUCCUUCGCUGUUGGCUCGCUGGGCCGAGGUUCAAUCUCGCCUCUGA